ACAUUCUACCCCUUAACCUGAAAUACCUCCCCAUAAUUUCUCAAUAUUAUUCUCUUGUCAUGGAAGAAAAAAGACAAGAGUGAGAAUUAUCCGUGCUAAAGUGACUUUGUAAUGUCCACUUGAGUGGCUGGUCAGGGAUGAUACAAACUUUACGAAGAUACUUCAGGGCGGCCAUCAGAAAUGUUUUCUCGGUGAUAUUCUAUGUUAUUGGUGAAGUGUUUUUGGGACACCCAUUAAUGGUGCAUGGACACCCCCUCAGGGGACACCAGGACACACAGGAAACCCUGCCAGAAACACAGACUGAAUUAAACCCAGAACUCAGCAUGGAAAAAAUAGAGCAGAUUAAAGUUCGUCCUCCAGAUCAGAAGGAGUUUACUGUUGCCACCCCUCAAGAAUUUGUCAGGAAGUUUGGAGGCAAAAAAGUUAUCACAAGAAUCCUCAUUGCAAACAAUGGCAUUGCUGCAGUUAAGUGUAUGCGUAGCAUACGCAAAUGGGCUUACGAAGUGUUUAGAAAUGACCGUGCCUUUCAUUUCAUUGGUAUGGUAACCCCAGAGGAUCUUAAAGCUGGAGCUGAAUAUAUCAAAAUAGCAGAUACAACAGUGUGGGUGCCUGGAGGUGCGAACAACAACAACUAUGCCAAUGUGAAACUCAUUCUUGACAUUGCCACCCGUUAUGAUGCAGAUGGUGUCUGGGCUGGGUGGGGUCAUGCCUCUGAAUACCCUGAACUUCCAGCAAAGCUACACAAGAAUGGUAUUGCUUUCAUUGGUCCACCUGAAAAGGCUAUGUGGGCCCUAGGAGACAAAAUUGCAUCCAGCAUAGUUGCCCAAACUGCUGAUAUACCAACACUUCCAUGGUCUGGCUCAGGUCUAAAAGCUGAGUACAAUGACAGUGACUCUGGCUCUAGAUUGAAAAUCCCACAUGAGUUGUAUAAGCAGGGGUGUGUUGAGACUGUGGAAGAAGCACUUACUGCUGCCAAGAAAAUAGGAUUUCCUGUCAUGAUUAAAGCCUCUGAGGGUGGGGGAGGAAAAGGUAUCCGCAAAGCUGAGUCGGAAGAUAACUUUCCAGCUCUCUUUCGACAGGUGCAAGCAGAAGUUCCUGGGUCUCCCAUUUUCAUAAUGAAGCUAGCUGAAUGUGCACGUCAUUUAGAGGUGCAAAUUAUUGCUGAUGUGUAUGGCAAUGCUGUAUCACUGUUUGGACGUGAUUGUUCUGUGCAGCGGAGACAUCAGAAAAUUAUUGAGGAAGCCCCUUGUGUCAUUGCUAAUCCUGAAGUUUUCCACAAAAUGGAGCAGGCUGCUAUCAAGCUAGCGAAAUUAGUGGGUUAUGUUAACGCUGGUACAGUUGAAUACUUGUAUGAUAAUGACGGAAACUUCUUUUUUUUGGAGUUGAACCCUCGUCUUCAAGUGGAGCAUCCUUGCACAGAAAUGAUUACAGACAUAAAUUUACCAGCAGCACAACUGCAGGUUGCAAUGGGUAUCCCACUGCAUCGAAUUCGUUGUGUGCGAGUCCUCUUUGGGGAAUCUCACUGGGGUGAUAAUGUGAUAGAUUUUGACAAUUCCACGAGUAAGCCUGUGCCUAAAGGUCACUGCAUUGCUGCCCGCAUUACCAGCGAAAAUCCCGAUGAAGGUUUCAAGCCCAGCUCAGGAACAGUGCAAGAAUUAAAUUUUCGAUCCAGCAAAAAUGUAUGGGGAUACUUCAGUGUGUCAGCUUCAGGAGGACUUCAUGAGUAUGCUGACUCUCAGUUUGGUCAUUGCUUUUCUUGGGGAGAGAACAGAGAAGCAGCUAGAGAGAAUCUGGUGAUUGCUUUGAAGGAGCUCUCCAUUCGAGGAGAUUUUCGAACAACUGUAGAAUAUUUGAUUACACUCCUUGAGACAGAAACAUUCCAAGCAAAUUCUAUUGACACAGGUUGGCUGGAUCACUUAAUAGCAGCGCAGGUGAAAGGGAAGAGACCAGAGACCUUGUUAGCAGUGAUGUGUGCAUCUGUUUUAAUUGCUGAUAAUGCUAUUCAGGAUGCUUAUAAUAAUUUCUACAACUCUUUAGAAAAAGGACAGAUCCUUCCAUUGAAAUCGCUAAACAAUGUGGUUGAGGUUGACCUCAUAACAGAUGGGAUAAAGUAUCAUGUACAGGCCACCAAGUCAGGUCCUACUCAAUACUUUCUUGUGCUUAAUGGCAAUCACAAGUCUGUAGAUUUUUUCCGCAUGAGUGAUGGUGGACUGCUUCUCUCAGUUGACAGUGUUAGUCAUGUCACCUACCUCAAAGAAGAGGUGGACAAAUAUUGCCUCACUAUUGGCCAUCAGACCUGUGUGUUUGAAAAGGAGAACGACCCAACAACCCUUCGCAGUUCAGCACCAGGGAAGCUCAUCAAUUACUUGCAAGAAGAUGGAAGCCAUGUGUUUGUAGGACAACCAUAUGCUGAAAUUGAGAGCAUGAAGAUGGUCAUGGCAUUGACUGUGACGGAAUCUGGAUGCGUGUAUCACCUGAAGCGUCCUGGAGCUGUGUUGAGUGCUGGAGACAUUAUUGCAAGAAUGGAUCUUGAUGAUGCUUCCAUUGUUACAAAAGCUAAACUCUAUACAGGAGGAUUUCCAUCAAGCACAACACCUUUACCAAGGGAAGAUGAGAAACUUAAUCACAUAUACCAAACACGAAGAGCGAUUCUGGAUAAUGUUCUGAAUGGAUACUGCCUUCCAGAUGACUACUUUACCCCUAUGGUGAAAGAUACUGUUCAAAAACUAAUGAGUGUGUUGAGAGACCCAAAUCUUCCUCUUCUUGAACUACAGGAAGUCAUAUCAUCUGUGAGUGGAAGAAUACCUCAAGCUGUGGAGAAAAAGAUUCGCAAGUACAUGAUGAUAUAUGGCAGUAAUGUGACCUCUAUGCUAGCACAGUUUCCUUCCCAAGAAAUUGCAAGUGCUGUUGACAGUCAUGCUGCAUCCUUACUGAAGAAAGACCGUGAUGUGUUCUUUGUAACCACUCAAGGAUUAGUUCAACUUUGUCAACGGUACAAAAAAGGCAGCCGUGGUCGUAUGACACAGGUUGUUCAAGAACUUCUAAAAUAUUAUCUUCAAGUUGAAACACAAUUUCAGCAUGGGUCAUAUGACAAAUGCGUCCAUGCUUUGAGAGAAAAAUACAAGGAAGACAUUAGUAGUGUGCUGGCUGUACUUCUGUCACACUCACAAGUUGCUAAGAAAAAUAAGAUGGUGAUUCUUCUUAUAGAACAUCUGUGUGGUCAUGAGCCAGGCUUGACAGAUGACCUCUCUCUGAUCCUGGAACAACUUACUAAGCUCAACAGCACUGAACAUUCUCGUGUAGCAUUACGUGCACGCCAGGUACUGAUAGCUGCUCAUCAGCCAGCUUAUGAACUACGCUACAACCAGAUGGAGUCCAUCUUCCUCCCAGCAAUUGAUAUGUAUGGCCACUCCUUCCAUCCUGAGAAUCUGCAGAAGUUAAUCCUUUCGGAAACUUCCAUUUUCGAUGUGUUACACGCUUUCUUCUACCACACUAAUAUGGCUGUGAGGAUGGCUAGCUUAGAGGUUUAUGUCCGCCGUGCAUACAUCAGCUAUGACUUGACUUGUCUGUGCCAUAAAGAAUUACAUGGAGGAGUUUGUGUAGUGUUUUUCAAAUUUUUACUUCCAUCCUCACAUCCCAAUCGAAUUCCUCACAAUAAGAUGUGGAGCACAUUGGAAUAUACUGACCCACACCAUACUCCAAUUGAUUCUCCAGCUAACUUGGAGAACUGCCAGCGCAUGGGUAUUAUGGCUACCUUCAAGAACUUUGAAGACUUUGAGAUAUACUUUAGUGAUCUGAUGAAUUUCUUUCAACCUUGUGAUUUUGGAGGGCUAGAGGGAGAGAUGAGCCCACAAGAAAUGCAUAGUGGAUCCAUUAGGCUUGGAUCUUCUUUUAAGGAUUUCAUGUGCGAUUCGAAGGAGACUAAGGACCCCAUACACAUCAUGAAUAUUGGUAUACGCAUGGAAGAAGAAGAGAAAGAUGACUCCGUGCUAAGUGAACAGUUUGCAGUUUUCUGUGCUAGUAAGAAGAAAGAAUUCCAUGAAGCAGGUAUUCGGCGCAUUACAAUGGUUGUGUUUUACAAGCAGCAGUUUCCAAGAUACUUCACUUACAGGUCAAGGGACGAAUUCCAGGAGGAUCGAAUCUACCGUCAUUUAGAGCCUGCACUUGCUUUCCAACUGGAAAUCAACCGGUUGCGGACUUACGACCUGGAAGCCCUUCCAACUUCAAACCGCAAGAUGCAUUUGUAUCUAGCCAAAGCCAAGGUAGCUGAUGGUCAAGAAGUAACAGACUUCCGCUUUUUCAUCCGCUCCAUUAUCCGCCACUCUGACUUGAUCACCAAGGAAGCUUCUUUUGAAUAUCUGGAGAAGGAAGGGGAGAAACUCUUGUUAGAAGCAAUGGAUGAGCUAGAGGUUGCAUUUUCCCACCCCUUGGCAAAGCGAACUGACUGCAAUCAUGUCUUUUUAAAUUUUGUCCCAACAGUUAUCAUGAACCCAUCAAAGAUUGAAGAUUCAAUACGAUCAAUUGUCAAUCGUUAUGGGCGUCGGCUUUGGAGCUUACGUGUUCUACAAGCUGAAAUUAAAAUGACAAUUCGUCAGACCCCUCAGAGCAAGACUAUUCCCAUUCGGUUAACUCUUUCUAAUGAAUCUGGAUAUUACCUGGACAUGCACUUAUACCGUGAAGUCACAGACAAACUAACAGGACAGGUGAAAUUUUCGGAAUAUAAGAUUGAAGGUCCUCAACGGUCUCCAUGUCACACAGCAAUUUUCAACACCCGGCACCGUUACUCAUCCCCUGCCAGAGGGGUCUUCACGAUUAAAUUUGAAGGCUUUGGAGUUCGCCAAGGACCUCUACAUGGUUUGCCUAUCUCAACACCAUACAUGACUAAGGAUUACCUGCAGCUUAAGAGAUUCCAAGCGCAGACCAAUGGAACAACUUAUGUUUAUGAUUUCCCCGAGAUGUUUCGUCAGGCCCUUGAAAGAGUGUGGGAGGAGUAUCUUGUUGAACGAGGUGGAGGUAAUCUUCCCAAUCAUCUCAUGAACUUAGUGGAAUUAGUCUUGGACCAGGAUGACCAGUUAGUGGAGGAGAAGAGGCUCCCUGGUGAAAAUAAUAUUGGCAUGGUUGCCUGGCGCAUGACGCUGCACACUCCAGAGUACCCAGAUGGCCGAGACAUUAUCAUAAUUUGCAAUGACAUUACCUACCAGAUUGGUUCAUUUGGUCCACCUGAAGAUAUAUUAUUCCUAAAAGCCUCGCAGCUUGCACGACAUCUCAAGAUUCCAAGAGUCUACAUUGCAGCUAAUUCUGGUGCUCGAAUUGGUCUGGCAGAAGAAAUAAAACACAUGUUUAAAGUAGCUUGGGAAGAUCCAUCUGAGCCAGAUAAAGGAUUCAAGUACCUCUAUUUAUCACCAGAAGAUUAUAAAAAGGUUUCUACUCUUGAUUCCAUCCAUGCUGAAUUGAUUGAUGACAAUGGUGAAGCACGUUACAAGAUCAAUGACAUAAUUGGCAAAGAUAAUGGGCUAGGCGUUGAGAAUCUGCAGCACUCUGGUAUGAUUGCCGGAGAAACCCAAGCCUAUCGUGAAAUUGUUACAUAUUCUAUGGUUACUUGCCGUGCUAUUGGUAUUGGAGCUUAUUUGGUGCGACUUGGACAAAGGGUAGUGCAAGUGGAAUCUUCGCACAUAAUUUUGACUGGGUUCAGUGCACUCAACAAGCUGCUCGGACGUGAGGUUUAUAGUAGCAAUUCACAAUUGGGUGGUGUUCAGAUCAUGCAUAAGAAUGGUAUCUCACAUGAUGUUGCUCCAAAUGACUUAGAGGGCAUUCAUACCAUGCUGAGAUGGCUCUCUUAUGUUCCUAAGACUAAGGACUCUCCAUUGCCAGUACUUGAACCUAUAGAUCCAGUGAACCGUGAAGUGACCUUCGUACCAUGUCGGGCCUCUUAUGAUCCACGGUGGCUAGUUAAUGGUCGACCCUCUCCUACCAAUCCUAGUGAAUGGGAAAGCGGCUUCUUUGAUAAGAAUUCUUUCCAGGAAAUUCUAGAGCCUUGGGCACAAACGGUAAUGUGUGGUCGAGCACGGUUAGGUGGCAUACCAGUUGGUGUAAUUUGUGUGGAAACUCGAACUGUCGAGUUUAACCUUCUUGCUGACCCUGCUAAUUUGGAUUCAGAGGCAAAGACUAUCUCUCAAGCUGGCCAAGUUUGGUUCCCUGAUUCAGCAUACAAGACUUCACAGGCAAUUCAGGAUUUCAACCAUGAAAGCCUUCCUCUCAUCAUCUUUGCUAACUGGAGGGGUUUUUCAGGAGGCAUGAAAGAUAUGUAUGAGCAAGUGAUCAAAUUUGGUGCUUAUAUAGUUGAUGCAUUACGAGAGUACAACCAACCGAUAUUAGUGUAUGUUCCACCCUAUGCUGAGCUGCGUGGUGGUGCCUGGGUUGUAAUUGACUCCACUAUUAAUCAGAGAUACAUGGAAAUGUAUGCUGACCCUCUUUCUAGAGGAGGAGUCUUAGAACCUGAAGGAACAGUGGAGAUAAAAUUCAAGAAGAAGGAUAUUGUGAAGUCAAUGUCACGUUUAGACCCAAUUAUCCAUAAAUUGAACCAAGCAUUGACUGAGCCAGACCUACCUCCAGAAAAACAGGCCAGAAUUAGAAAGCAAAUACAAGAGAGACAGGAUUUGCUCAUGCCAACAUACCAUCAGGUGGCAGUAACCUUUGCUGAUCUCCACGACACCCCUGUUAGGAUGCAAGAGAAGGGUGUUAUCCAGGGUAUAGUGCCUUGGGUUCAGAGUCGUAAAGUUCUCUACUGGAGACUUAGACGCCUUUUAGCUGAGGAAAGAGUGAAGAAAGAAAUAAGAUCAAUUCAACCCAGCUCAUCCGAUGGCCAAAUUGAUGCUAUGUUGAGGCGAUGGUUCUUUGAGGAGAAAGGAUCAGUGGAGUCCUACUUGUGGGACAAGGACCAAGUUGUAGCUGAAUGGUUAGACCAGCAGAUGGAAGGUUACUGGUUUGGGGUGGAUGGGAAAUCACCUCUUGAAGAUGCUAGUACCUCUUAUCUCUCAGAAAAUCUACAGCUCAUGAAGAGAGAUGCUGCCAUAUCACAAGUCAAGGAUGUUGUAAAAGAAUUCCCAGAGAUUGCAAUGGACACCAUAGUGCAUAUUAUCCGCCGCAUGUCUCCAUCGCUUCGUUCUGAUGCCCUGAAAGCCCUCAACAACAUGGACCUCAUUAGCCAGCAGGCAGAACCUGUUACCACUCCAGACCAACAGGAUAAUUCAAACUGACACACAUGGUGGCAGUAGUAGGCCAUACUACUAGCCACAUCCAUCCAAGGUUUUUACUAACCUAGCUGCUGUACACAUUAGCUUGUUAAAUUGUCCAAAAGAUAAAGCAAAAUGCUCCAAUAAGAGGUUUAUGCAGCCUGUGCCUUUUCUAAGAGAGUACACCCCUUGAAUCCAAGUUGUCCAAAACCAGAUUAAGUGCAGCUAGUGCCAUAUGCAGUGAACCUUUCUUUAAACAUUAACUUAUAGUAAAGCCCCUGCUGUGCAGAUAGGGUGAAAUAGGAAUAAUCAUUGCACAAAAUAUAUUGGGAACUUCAAGAAAAUGUUUGCACAUUUUUUUUUUAUCUCUCUGGCCAUCUCCCACCGGGUUAUGGCAAAGUGUCAAGAAGAAAACUUUCUCAGUCACUCAUUCACUGCCUUGCCAGAAGUGUGCUGAGAUCACAGUUCAGAUGACCCCCAAACUGCAACAUCCCCAUCCCUCCUUCCUAGUGCAGGCACUAUAGUUCCCAUCUCCAGGAUUCAACUCCAGCUAAUUGGUUUUAUUGAAUCCCUUCAUAAAUGUCACACAAAUAUAUUGGGAAUUUCAAGAUAUAAGGAUUUGUUUGAAAAGUAAAUCUGAUUAUGGCUUUGGUUUUAACAUUCUGCAUAGUAGGUCUAGAUAAGUAUCUUAUGAAUAUAUUAAUAGUUAAAUGAAUAAUUUAAUUCAGAUUUAACUUUAUGAUGAGGCUUAAGAAAUGCUUAAAACAAAUUGAACAGUCAGCAUUUAAAACUGUAACACUGCCAUUAUAUAUAUACAACAGUUUAAAAGUAGAAUGCUGUCAGUACAUAUGACAGUUUAAAACUGUAAUACUGCCAAUACUUACUUCUUACUUGGGGAGGGAGGGAGGGCUUAAUAACUAAGUCUACAUAAACUGUCAGGACAAUGGCAUUGGCCUUAUUUAGAUGUGAAUUUAAAAAGAUUAAUAUUUAGUGAAGGGAUUCAGGGAAACUGGUUAUUUUUAUAUAGCCGGACUUGUGUCCUGGAAAUGGGAAGUACAAUGCCUGCACUCUAAAGGAGGUGUUCGGGAUAUUAGCAGUUUGGAGGGAUAUUGUUGUGUAUCUUUAUAGUUAUAUGCUUCUAAGCUGUUGUGUUCUGAGCACCUCUGCAAAAACUGAUUAUGUGUGAGUGAGGUGAAAAUGUUGAAUGAUGAUGAAAGUAUUUUCUUUUUGGGGAAUUUCUUUCUUUUUUGGGUCACCCUGCCUCGGUGGGAGACGGCCGACUUGUUAAAAAAAAAAAAUUGCACUUUGACAGGCAUGAUAAUGUCUCCUCCAUCAGCUAAGGUUAGUGGGUCGUGAUGUGUGUUUUAGGUAAAUUGCAUAGGUGAUUAGUAGAUAUAUUAUUUUUCAAAGUUUAUUACUGUACUUUUAUAAAUUUAUUAUUAUUUUUCUUUUCAACAUGUCGGCCAUUUCCCACCGAGGCAGGGUGACCCAAAAACAAAACAAAAAAAAAAAAAAAAAGAAAAAAAAAAAGUCACUUUUACCAUCAUUCACACUAUAACUUGUCUUUGCAGAGGCAUGCAGAUAAGUCAGUUUAGAUGUCACUCUCAAUGGCAAAUAUCCCAAACCCCUCCUUUAAAGUGCAGGCAUUGUACUUCCCACCUCUAGGACUCAAGUCCAGCUAACCGGUUUCCCUGAAUCCCUUCACAAUAUAUUACCCUCACAGUCCAACAGCUUCCCAAGUCCCAAAAACUGUUCAUCUCCACUCCUAUCUAACACGCUCGCACGUGCCUGCUGUAUGUGAAAGUCCCUUUCACACAAAACCUCUUUUACCCCCUCCUUUCAUCCUUUCCUAGGACUACCUCUAUACCAAAUAAACUUAUUUCAGCUUGUAAGGCGAGUCUGCCUCUUCUCUUUCAACUGACGGAAGUUCACUUUGUUGUAUCUACUUUUGAAUACCUACAAAGAGACAGCAUACAUUAACUCCAUCCUCUAGUAAUUUCCACUUAUUUACCACUUUUAUUUGUGUGUAGUUUCCAUCUGUCUUAGUACUUUUCUGUCUUAGUACUUUUCUAGUAAAAAAACCAAUCUUCUGUAUGCCUCAAGGUAUUUUGUAUUUUGGUUCCUCAUUCUUCAAGAGAAAGGAGGAAUUGCUCUUAUCUCAAGCACUAGUCCCAGAUCUAAUGUAGCUGGGCUGUUAGGAUAGGUUGGCUAGCGAGCUAAACUAUAUUGUUAAGCAGCGUAGAGCUAGAGAAGACAAGACAAGUUAGAUGCUUGAAGAUAUCAAAGUGCAGUAUGCAAGGGCAGAUUAUUUUAUACACGGGAGUGAGCCAAAUGAAAAGAUAUAAAUAGAAACUACAAAUAAACUAGACAUUUUUUUUUAAUAUGAGGGUAAUCAGCAUGUAAAAUCUAUUAGGAAGAGGUAACAGAGAUUGACUCCUACAUGGAUUGAAAAGUAAAGUCAUCACAGUUGAGGUGAGAGUAUCCUCAUAACAUAAUAGUCAAAAGGUGGACACCAAGAGAUGUAAUUAACUCCUUCAGAGACAAGCCUCAUAGUUAUGCAAGUAUAGUCUCACACACAUUUAUUCAUGUACAAGCACACACUUUGAUAAGUAAAUUACCAUUAAAACUAUUGUACAUCUUUUGAGAGCAUAUGAUUACAACAUAGGAAAUAUUCUGGGGUGUAGACAAAAGCAGUCUUUCCUAGAAAGGAUAGAAGACAAAGAGGUUGGGGAGGAAAGAAAUAUUAGGAAAAUGGAAGAAUCUAUAUAACUGACCCCAUAUUAAAGUCCAUGUGUAACUAUGAAAGAGUUAUUUUAUGCAAGUCAAAAGUUUGUUGAAGCCAAUAUUUAAACCUUGCUCACAACCCUUGCUGAGCAGUGGGUAAUGAAAAAGUGCAUAUGCAUGUGUACAUCGAUGUGGACGAGGUCUUCCCGAUGCUAGGGAGAGCGGGAUCACUUUUAGUGGCUUAUCAACAAAUGUGUUAUAUCAGCUAGGCUAUUUUUUGACUUGGCACCUUUUAAUAUAUUAUUUUUAUUUGUGGAAGAAAUUUUCUGUGCAUUGGUUAGAAUAUAAUAUAUUGUGCAUAAAUUUAUUUUUAUUGUAUACAGCAGGUACUGAGCCCUCAAACAAAUUUGUUACUAUAAACAUGGAAUGUACUACUGCAGUUAUAAUGUAACAUUCAAGAUAAUCAGGGCUUUUUGUUAUUUGAGAGCAGCACUUUAACUUCACAAAUAUUUUCGUUGUCAUGCAGGUACACGUGUGUAAUGGUAUUUUUUUAGGUUAUGUUAUGAAUAUAUAUAUAUAACAAAUGGCAGAGUCCAGGGAAGUAUAAAAGGCUGCUGGUCAGAUUCUCUUCUUUGCUAAUUCAACUGAAACUUUAAAUUUAGUUUAAGAGUAAAGCACAACUACUUUUAAAGCUUUUUAUUUGCUUUCUUGAUGAAAGCCUUUUAAAGGUAAUAAGGUUUGUGAUGAUCUAAUGAUAUGUAUAUUUUGCUAUUAAGUACGCAGCUCACAUUCCUAUAUGUACCUUACAACACUUUCAGUUGCUGGGCAAGAGAAGCAAAUAGAUGACAUGCGUGCACAUAAAGCACCGUACGCCUUUAUUCUAGCAGUGUUAUAAUAAAGGAGAGUUAUAUUGAGAUAACUAUGUAAAGCUCUUUAGUGAAAAUUCUGUUAUAAGGCUUGUACAGUUUGUGUGCUUGUCAUUCCUUACUUGUUGUCUGUUAAUGAGUGCCAUAUUAUGGCUUAAAUAUUUAAAAAAUUAAAAAAAAAAAAAAAAAACUGAUAGACUCUUUGCUGGCCAAAGAACUCCAUUAAAUGAUUAUUUGCUAUUUUUAAACUGAGGUCUUAGAUAAAAUAAACUGAUUCAGUUAAUAUGUUUGAAAUGUUUUGUGUGAUGCCCCGUGUUAGGAUCAUUACACUGUAAUUCUUCACACAACGAUAAUCACGUCACCAUUUAACACAUUGAUAUCUUUUGUGUGGUAUUUCUAUAGCUUCAAUUGUUGGCUGUUUACGUAAAGGAUUGUUCAUCAUUGUAUAAACUAUGUGCUGCAUGUAUGUCUUAGUCAUUAUAUACCACAGUGACAUUUUCAGUAUAGGUAUCAUUCAAUUUAUGGAAGCUCAUUGAGAAUGGUUAAGCAAGUAAGAAUCAAAGUCAAUACUAUGGCUGGGACAGUUAAUAAAUAACCUGCACAUAGAAGAGAAAAUUUAAGACAUUUCAGUCCAUCGUAGACCACCGUAAAUCAAAGCUGUCUUGAUAAUAGGCCAGGAUAGGAUGAAAUGUCAUAAGUUACCUCUCCUAAGUGUUUUUUAUUUGUAAAUCAGUAAGGCAUUGAAUUAAUUCACUUAAGCAAGGCUAAUGAAUGCCAGCAAGGAGUAGUCAGAAGUUUAAUAGGUAGUGUAUGUCUCAUGCUUAGUGGAUGGAGGAUUGAGCCUCCCUAGUAAUUGUACAGAAUAAUCCACAGGGGAUUAGCCCUUUAUACAAAAUAACAGUGAACAUUAGCAUUCUUAUGUUCGCAUGUUCUUUUUUUUGUGUGUAAGUUACCACAGUAUUUAAAGAAACAGAAAUUCAUUGAAUAAUGUGCCACAUGUUAACUAAAGAUGUGUAGGUGUUAUGUAUUAAAAGAAAAUUGGGUCACAAUUAUGAAAAUGAGCACUAUUUCAAAGUUUUGUUCAUGCAUAAUUGUUUUUAUGCUCUGCUGUGGCAUUCAUUACAGUUUAUAUUAUAAAUAUACACACAAAAAAAAAAAGGCACAAAUAUUUUGUGCCAAGUCUGGUGUGCAUAUUAAUGGUAAUAGUGUAGCUGAAAAGAUCAUUCUAACCAAAGUUUAUAUGUAAAACCUACAUAGGAAUAUAGCUUUAAUGUCUAUUUGGAAAAAAAAAAAUAGGUGGAGAUUUUUUAAUUUAGGGAUUUAAGUGCCAGUGAUGAAAAUAUGUAAAGAAAACCACACGAGUUACUUUUAUAAUGUGAAAAUAUAUGUAAACAUUUAUGGCACUUGUGUAAUCUUGGAGCAAACUAGACAAAUACAUAAUUGAAAUAUCAUAAAUGAAUGCUAGUCAGGAUAUACGUUUCAUCAUUUGAAAGAAUAUAAAGGCUCAGUAAGAUAUAAAAUAGUUUAGAUGUUAUAUAUUACAACCUUAGUGUCAGUGGCAAGAUGUUUUGCAUAUUUGAAGUGUGCAGUUCUUUGCUAUAUGUCAUUUUUGAUACAAGUAAUCUUUCUUCAGAAUGAAUAGUUGAUUUCCAAAAGACUUGACUAAAUCCCAUAGUAUGAUAGGAAGUAAUAAAUUUUCAGCAAGGCAUGGAAAUUUCCAGUUUUGCCCAUAUUUUUCAAUUGUUCUGCUAGCAGAGACAAUCUAAAAGGGAAUAAAGAGAAAUCGCAGCAAUACACAAGAUAUGACACCUGCACAUAGCUGACUGCAAUAGUAGCAGUCUGGCAUCUAUAACUUUUCAAAGGUUAAGGGCUUUUGAUCGAAGUAAUGAGAGCUAUACUUCCUUUUGAAUCAAACAUGAUUACCUUCUGUUCCCUAGGCAUUAUUUAACCCAUAUAGGUUCAGUAUUCCCAUGAAUAUAAUGAUAAUGGCAGCCAAGAGACCAGGGUUUUAAAUAUCCGGUGGACUCGGCCGAAAUUGAAUUCGAGCAUGAAGAUUUGAAAUUUAGGCUCGGGAAAUAUAUCUUUUUAUCUUUUAAAUGUAAAAUACUAAUAAUGCAACCAAGUGGGGAAAAUAUAUUUCGAUAUACUAGAGGCUUAUUUAUCUUCGAUACACUCUUCUCUCUGAAUUUCCCGAGGUAGCACGGAUGACACGAGAGCCUCCAAGUAUACCCGAUUUUGUUUUUAUUCUGCUACACUUUAUAAUUAUUUUUAAUUCCUAUGCAUCUCACAAUUUUGUAAUUUCUCUAGUUAUCGUAUGUUGUAACACACAUCUUUCUCUGUAACCUUGCACCUUUUAUUCUUUACUUUGCUACUUAUUUCUUACUACUCAAUGAUAAUAUAUACAUGCCUCACAGUUCUAUUGUUAUACAGUGGACCCCCGCAUAACGAUCACCUCCGAAUGCGACCAAUUAUGUAAGUGUAUUUAUGUAAGUGCGUUUGUACGUGUAUGUUUGGGGGUCUGAAAUGGACUAAUCUACUUCACAAUAUUCCUUAUGGGAACAAAUUCGGUCAGUACUGGCACCUGAACAUACUUCUGGAGUGAAAAAAUAUCGUUAACCAGGGGUCCACUGUAUACUAUAGUUGAAAACUGAAAUGUUACUCAAAUUUCCUAAACAAUGACACAUUGGUAGAGAUCUCAAAAACUUGUUUUUUAUAAACUACAUUGCAGUGCAUCCAUGAUAUUGUCAACAUUUCCUUCUUAAACCUCUUCUAGCCUUGUAGGUUCUCGAGCUUCCUUUCAUCAAAUGAAACAAGACUGCCUUUCCCAGGCACUAAAUGACCUAAUGGGUUCAUUGCUUCCCAUGAAUACAUGACAAUAAUAAUAAUAAUCUUGAAGGAUAGUACAACAUCCAUCAGAAUGUAAAUACAUUCAUAGUAACUAAUGAAAUGUGCUUAGUUUUGAUUAUAGUAGUACACAAAGGGAACCUUUUAUAUAUGAUUGUAUGACUCUUAAAUUAAUCAAAUAGGAAUUGCCAUACAUACUGUUGUUGCUCCUUAUCCUGUAAAUAAUUUUGAUAUACUGAAAUGUGAAAGGCUUACAGUAGCAUGCAGCAUACCUACGAUAAAAAAAACUGCAAACUCACUGUUAAGGAAGGUCCUCUGAAGUCAAAGCAAAGUAUUUCUAGAUAUCUACCUCAGGCUGAAUUUUUCUUGAAAACAUUUAUGGGUAAACUGAACUGCUAUUCUGAAAUAUAUACCAAUUUUAAGUAUGUCCAGUGCUGUACUACAUUUUACAUUUAUGGGGGCUUUCAUAAAGAAUUCUUUAUUUUUGUUUAAUUUUGUAUCACCUUAAAAAAAUGAAAAA